AUGCCGGUGGAAAACGUUAUAGACAGGGAUGCAGCGUUACGGACCAAAAACCUUAACAAUGAUUUGAAAGAUAUCUAUACGUUUACGAUGAAACACAAAAAAAUAAGGUGUGCAAACGAGAGAAAAGUGGCACUGGUGCCUUUCUGCUUUUUCUCUUCACAUUACUUUUCAUACCUUAACUUUCUCUUUUUUACACUUUUUUAUUUAAAAAAAAAUGGUAAAACAAUUUUUUCAUUUCCUUCGUCACUGUUGUUGUUGUCUGUGGCUGCGACGCCUAUCAUGCAGCUUGAAGAAUCAUUUUUCUUCAAAAAAAAAAUGAAGCUCACUUUCUAA